AUGAUGGAAAGAAUAAGAAAAGAGAUGAUUCUGAUGGAGAGAGGGCUGCACAGCCCCACGGCCGGCAAGCGGUUCUCCAGUUUAUCCGAUUCGGCUGGCAAUGCUGUGCUCGAGGCCCUGGAAAAUUCGCAGCACCCGGCUCGCCUCAGCCCGCGCCUGCCGUCCGCCCCCCUGCAUGGCGCUCUGGGAGACCUCCCUGCCAAGGGCAAAUUCGAAAUAGACACUUUGUUCAACCUGCAGCACCCGGGCAGCGAAAGCACCGUCUCCUCCGAAAUCUCGUCCGCCGCUGAAGGCCGUAAAAAGCCGGGUCAUUAUUCAGAGGCGGCCGCCGAGGCGGACAUGAGCAGCGACGUGGAGGUGGGCUGCUCGGCGCUGCGCUCCCCUGGCGGCCUUGCUGCCGCGCCGCUCAAGGAAAACAAUGGCAAAGGGUACGCGGAGAGCGGCUCCGCCGCGGGCACCACGACGUCUGCGUCGGGCUCUGGCCUUGGCAGCCUGCAUGGAGGCGGCGGUGGCGGCGGCGGCGGCGGCGGGGGCGCGUCGCUGGGCGGCUCCGGCUCUGGCGCGGAUCAGGUGCGGCGCUACCGCACGGCAUUCACCCGCGAACAGAUCGCGCGCCUGGAGAAAGAGUUCUACAGGGAGAACUAUGUGUCGCGGCCCCGCCGGUGUGAGCUGGCCGCUGCGCUCAACCUGCCCGAAACCACCAUCAAGGUGUGGUUCCAGAACCGGCGCAUGAAGGACAAACGGCAGCGCCUGGCCAUGUCGUGGCCUCACCCGGCCGACCCCAGCUUCUACACCUACAUGAUGACGCACGCGGCCGCCACCGGAAGCCUGCCCUACCCCUUCCACUCGCACGUGCCGCUGCACUAUUACCCGCACGUGGGUGUCACGGCGGCGGCCGCGGCGGCCGCGGCCUCUGGCGCGGCGGCCGCGGCCUCGUCACCCUUCGCCACUUCCAUCCGCCCGCUGGACACCUUCCGUGCCCUCUCGCACCCCUACUCCAGGCCGGAGCUGCUGUGCAGCUUCCGCCACCCAGGGGAACACCGUACCCCUGCGUGGCCCAGCGUUCACCCUCUGAGAGGCUCCGGGAGGGGCGGAUAG